AGCAAGGCGGGGGUCCCGCUCUCCCCUCAGGUGGGCCGCUGGUGCCGGCCCAAUGCCCAGUGUGUAGGCAGGUGCUCAAGCGCUGCUGAGGGGAAAGGGCGGCUCACGGUAUUGAGAAUCUGCCGUGUGAGCUGCAGAGGAAUUUCCAGCUGAUGCGGGAGCUGGAUCAGAGAACAGAAGACAAGAAAGCAGAGAUCGACAGCCUGGCAGCAGCAUACAUCGAGUCUGUGAAGAACAUGCUGCCUGAGGAGAGAGUGGAGCACCUGAGGAAGAUCCAGAGUGCCUACAGCAAGUGUAAAGAGUACAGUGAUGACAAAGUGCAGCUGGCCAUGCAGACCUAUGAGAUGGUGGAUAAGCACAUCCGCCGGCUGGAUGCAGACUUGGCACGGUUUGAAGCUGAUCUCAAAGAUAAACUGGAAGGCAGCAACUUUGAAACCCCUGGAUCCCGAAGCCUGAAAAAGGGACGAAGUCAGAAAGACAAAAGGAGCUCUCGUGGUCGAGGCAGGAGAACAUCUGAAGAAGAUACACCAAAGAAAAAGAAGCUCAAAGGAGGGUCUGAGUUUGCUGAUACCAUCCUGUCAGUGCAUCCCUCAGAUGUCCUGGAUAUGCCAGUGGAUCCCAAUGAGCCCACCUACUGCCUGUGUCACCAGGUGUCCUAUGGGGAGAUGAUUGGCUGUGACAACCCAGAUUGUCCAAUUGAGUGGUUCCACUUUGCAUGUGUGGACCUGACCACCAAACCAAAAGGGAAAUGGUUUUGUCCUCGUUGUGUUCAGGAAAGAAAGAAAAAGAAGUAAGGAGUAGAGAGGGAUACACUGCCUAGGCAAGAAGAAUUUAAUAUAUUCCUUCAUUCAUGUUGCAAUAUUACCUUUGAUUAUUUUUUGUUAAUCUAUCCUUCAUCUUUUUCCAGUAUGAUAUUUAAUUAUCCAGUGGCCAGUUGAAAUUCCUGUUCUUUCCUAAGACUUUGGGAGGGAGUCCAAAAUCCCUUUGCCACGGAGAUUCUAUUGAUGUUAGUCUUGCACAAUGAUACUGAGGGAGGGUGUUGCCUUUUCUGGCUGUUUCCAUUUCCCUGCAGAUUCUUUUAAGUACAUCACUGUGAAGAUGAAACCUACAGUAUUCUUGGAGAGAGAGAGAGAGAGAGAAGGUCAGAUUUAUUCACAAAAUAAGAUGAAGGCCUGAAUUGUUAGCUGUGAUUGCCUGUGUGGCACAUGGGUAAAUCAGGAAAUCGGGUUUUAGGGAAAUGCACCAUGAAGACACUGUUUGUUCCCAUGAUGGUGUGGCUCUGCUGUUGAAGAAGGCCAUUCAGAAAUGUUGUAACGUAACUUCUUGUCUUUUUUUUAAUGGGCCACAAAUUCCUGACUUCUCUAGCUGCCUUUCAGAUGAUGAAUGUGAAUCCUUGCAUUAGCACAGUGUCAGUGGCUGCAGCAGAAGGGAGAGAGGAAAUCAGGAGCUGGAAAGCAAAAGUCUGUUUUUUCCUUCUGGAGAGAUAACAGUGGAUGCAGAAGUUGAGGGAAGAGCAAAGUCUUGCCUUUGUAUCUGUCUUCUGCAUCAUGAUGCUUACCUGCCUUCAAGGAAAGAUGUAGUGGGGAAAGGUGUUCCAGGUUUCCAUCCUGCUGGUGAAA